AUGGCAGCCCCCGCUCUCGCUGGUUAUUCCCCAGAAUCUGGCGGAUACACCCCAACAACCAGCGAGCCUACUACUGAGGAUGGUGCAACUUGUGACCAGAAUCCCGCGAUGCCAGACACGUGCGACGGAAGCGACGGCUGGUACCCUGUGUCCGUGGUGGGCAAGGAGGGAUACUUCUGUGCCCAGGGACCGAUCUGUACCAGUGAAGUCGGAAACUGUCCUGGUGUGCACGGUGAUCUUACCUUCGGAUCCAGCUGCGUCAGCAUUAGUGAAGGGGUCUACGGCUGUGUUCCCAACACCGAGUGCCCGACUACCGAGUCCACGCCUGUCCACGACGAAUACGACCGAGCCACCCGUGAAAACUGCCCCACCCUCCGAGACGGUCACCUGGCCUCCCGUUGUUCAGACUACCGAGCCACCUGUGAAAACUGCUCCGCCUUCCGAGACGGUCACCUGGCCCCCCGUAGUUCAGACUACCGAGCCACCCGUGAAAACCGCUCCGCCUUCCGAGACCGUCACCUGGCCUCCCGUUGUUCAGACGACAGCGCCCCCAUCCUCCUCCGAGACGGUCACCUGGCCCCCUGUAGUUCAGACUACCGAGCCACCUGUCAAAACUGCCCCUCCCUCUGA